CCCGCUCCAGCCCCUCAAUGUCUUUUUUAUGGGAGGGGGCCCAAAACUGGUUGUGGGAUUGAGGAAGUGAAAAGAUGCUGCUGAGCCUCAGGCUGCAACCCCAGCGCUCGUGGGGCUCAAGGCAAGGCUGAUGGGCACCCCGCUUCCAGCCCCUGCCCCGGGCUGCUGCUCCGGGGGGUGCAGUCCCUGGGGGGGCAGUGCCCACCCCCAUGGUUCAGAGCUGCCUGGAGCCCCCGUUUCUCCUGAGCAGCAGCUGCCAUUUCCAAGCUCAGCUUUGCUUUUUGGGUGCAUCUCAUCCCUGUUGAGCCUUUCCUUGCCUCUGGGUGGCUGCUAUCAGCUUUGGGGUUGUUUAGGGCUGGUUUUGGGGUUUUUUUAGUGUUAUUUUCUGUGGCCCAGCGUGGCUGUGGACAUGAGCACAGGAACCUCCCCUCCCAGCUGCAAGCAGAGAUGUCCUGGGGCAGGUCGAGAAGUGGUCCCUGGUCACAUCUCCUGCCCGUGGUGCCACCAACCCCCAAAUGAAAUGGUCAAGUGUGUUUGAAGGGUCUGGUUUUGAGGAUCCUAAACUGAGCAGGGGGGUAGAAUCCUGCCCCGCCAUGGGGUCUGGACCAGGAGAGUUUCUGCAGACCAGGAAUGGUGAUAAACCAGCCCUUGGGGGCCACCCUGUCACCCCCUGCAGCGACCAAGGGACAGAGCACACGGGGACCGAUGCAGCGAGAUGGCCCUUGCAGGGCUGCCUGGAGCCACCAAAGGGAAAAAGGGGACAGGGACAACUGUGCCAAGAAGUACCCAAAGCCUUGCCCUGCUGCCGGGGGGUGUGGGAGCCUUUUGGCCAUUGCUGGAUGGGGUGGGCUUUGGUGGUUUCCCCCAGAGAAUGAGCUUCGUGGCAGGAUUUGGUGCCCACCAGUCUCCUCCUACCCCUGGGCAGGACACAAGCUCUGCAGGUGGGUGUCCUGGGGGUGCUGCCUGUGCCCGGGGACCCCCCUGUCACCUCUCUCUUCUCCCCCCACAGUCACCUCCGAGCAGAUCGAGCACCUUCACCGGCGAUUCAAGCAGCUGAGCCGGGACCAGCUGACCAUCCGCAAGGAGAAUUUUGACAGCAUCCCCGACCUGGAGUUCAACCCAAUUAGGGGGAAAAUCGUCCAUGCCUUUUUCGACAAGCGGAACCUGCGGCCGGAGUCGGAUGGGCUGGCGGACGAGAUAAACUUCGAAGACUUCCUGACCAUCAUGUCCUACUUCAGACCCAUCGAGAUGAACAUGGACGAGGAGCAGCUCGAUCGCUUCCGCAAAGAGAAACUCAAAUUCCUCUUCCAUAUGUACGACUCGGACCACGACGGGAAGAUCACGCUGCAGGAGUACAGAAAUGUGGUGGAGGAGCUGCUGUCGGGGAACCCCCACCUGGAGAAGGAGUCAGCAAGGUCCAUCGCCGACGGGGCCAUGAUGGAGGCAGCCAGCAUCUGUGUGGGACAAAUGGGGCCGGACCAGGUCUACGAGGGCAUCACCUUCGAAGACUUCCUUAAGAUGUGGCAGGGGAUCGACAUCGAAACCAAGAUGCACGUCCGCUUCCUCAACAUGGAGACCAUCGCCCACUGCUACUGAUCUCCAGCUCCCUCCUGGGAGAGAGAGGAGGAGGAGGAGGAGGAAGAGGAGGAGGAGGAGGGGGAGGAGGAAGAAGAGGAUCUGCAGCAGCUCCAUGUUCCUGGCACCAAGCGCUUCGUACCCGCCCGCGUGCCUGUCCCGUAGCGGGGCUGCCUUCUGCUCUCUAGAAACAUAAGAGGCUUUUAUCUGUAAUAAAAGGUAUUUCUCUUUUUA